AUGAACUCUGCCCCGCCUGCAGGAAGCGCUCUGGCCACGCCCGCCAGCACAACAGGGCCCACCACACCAAAGAAAGGACCUCCCAAGUUCAAGCAAAGACAGACACGCACAUUUAAGAGCAAAGCACCUAAACCUGGACAGAAAGGGUUCGGUGACGAUAUUCCCGGUAUGGAAGGUCUUGGCACUGAUAUCACUGUCGUGUGCCCAUGGGAGGCGUUUGGAGACAUGGAGCUCAGCGACUUGGCCAAAUAUGGCAUUAUCUAA